AUGUUCACUCUCAGUGUGCCGAUUAUUGACCCAUUCCCCAGGAAAAAGGUUGCUAUAGUCGGCAGCGGUUGCUCGGGAAUCGCUGCUCUUUGGGCGCUCAACCGGACUUAUCACGAUGUCUACCUUUAUGAGGCUGCGGAUCGCCUCGGCGGGCACACAAAUACCGUGUCCUUGAAGAAGGGCAAGUUCGCGACGCAGGUUGACACUGGCUUUGUUGCGCUCAAUGCGGCGACAUACCCAAACUUUAUGAGCUUCCUUCAAAAGUUUGACAUCCCACUUGAGCCAACAGAGAUGGACUUUAGCAUCUCAAGGGAUGGUGGUCUGUUUGAGUGGGCGAGCUCGAAGUGGAGCGCGAUGUUCAGCCAGCGGAGGAAUAUCCUGUCCCCUAGGAUGUGGCGGCUACUCUUCGACGUCGUCCGUUUCAAUCAAUUCGCUGUUGACCUGCUCAUGGAAGAUGAACAGGCCAGCAAUCCGGAGUCAAUUGGGCAAUACCUGAACCGCGAAGGCUAUUCUGAUGCCUUCCAAGACGAGUAUCUCAUACCCACGAUCGCAGCGGCAUGGAACACCAGCCCUGAUAACUUCUCCCUCGACUUCCCUGCAUCGACGCUGGUCAGGUUUCUGUGGAAUCAUCACUUGCUGUCCACAGUGUCCACUCGACCGCAGUGGCUCACGUUGAGGGACGGUUCGAGAACAUACGUUGACGCCGUCAUGAAGGGCUUUCCUCCGAAUCACUUGUUUCUGAAGACGGCAGUGCGCAGUGUCACCAAUGGUACAGACGGACGCCCGGAGCUACACCUGGAAAACGGUCGAACCGACGUGUUUGACCACGUUAUCAUUGCGACACAUGGAGACCAAGCACUCUCUCUCAUUGGAGCUUCGGCUACGCAAGAGGAGCGUGCUGUGUUGUCAGCCUUCACGACGACGCAAAACGAGGUCGUGCUUCAUUCAGACCCAUCUCUCAUGCCUACCAGACGGAAGGCAUGGGCAGGACUCAACUACGCGACGCAAACGUCGAAAUUGCGAGGAUAUACUAAUGUCGAUGAGGUAUCGCUGACGUACAACAUGAACGUUCUGCAACGGAUACCUAAAGAACCCUUUGGGGACGUUUUCGUCACACUCAAUCCUCUCCAGAAGCCCCAGAAGUCGCUGACUCAUGGCUGCCAAGAGCUCCAGCAACGACAUGACACCACCACACCAACCACAACCAUGAGUGGCGCUUCGCGGUUACAACGAGGCUUCACGGCGGCGAGCACCUCGUCAUCAUGGGCGUGCCUACAGUGCUUGCGCGCGCGCCCGCAGCCGACCCGAGCGACGAACUUUACGAGCGCCCUACGACGCAACAUUGCAAGCUCCACGACGCGAGCAUCGCAACAGUCUCGCGCGCAGGCGCAGGGUCAGGCAUAUUCAGAGUCCAUGGCAAAGGUCCGGGCUCAUUAUGACAAGAAAAACAAGACGGUCAUGUUCUACACAAUAAGUGCAAUCCUAGGAACUGUUGCCUUCUCCUACGGCUCAGUGCCACUGUAUAAGAUGAUCUGCCAAACUACCGGCUGGGGAGGUCAACCCAUCCGCGCCCAUGGCCCGGACGACACCGAUGGCGAUAUCUCGAGCCGGGUCAUCCCCGUCACCAACGCCAAACGCAUCAAAGUCACGUUCAACGCUUCGAUAUCAGACACGCUGCCCUGGAAAUUUGUUCCUCAGCAGCGUGAAGUGCGCGUGCUGCCUGGUGAAACCGCACUCGCCUUCUAUAAAGCCACCAACCACGGUGAUAAAGACAUUAUCGGCGUGGCCACGUAUAGCGUCACGCCGGCACAGUGUGCGCCGUACUUCAGCAAGAUUCAGUGUUUCUGUUUCGAGGAGCAGAGGCUCAAUGCGGGCGAGACGGUCGACAUGCCUGUCUUCUUCUAUCUGGACCCUGACCUGCUGAACGAUUUGAACAUGAAGGGAGUCGAGACUGUCACGUUGAAUUAUACCUUCUUCAUGGUCGCCUCCUCCCGUCGCAAGAGCCGUGCCGCUCACUACAAGGCCCCUUCUUCCCAGCGCCGUACCAUCAUGAGCGCUCCCCUCAGCAAGGAGCUCCGUGAGCAGUACAACGUUCGCAGCAUCCCCAUCCGCAAGGACGACGAGGUCACCAUUGUCCGUGGCUCCAACAAGGGUCGCGAGGGCAAGGUCACCUCCGUGUACCGUCUCAAGUACGUGAUCCACGUCGAGCGCGUCACCCGCGACAAGGCCUCCGGCCAAUCCGUCCCUCUGGGAAUCCACCCCUCCAACGUCGUCAUCACCAAGCUCAAGCUCGACAAGGACCGUGAGGACAUCCUGAAGCGCUCCAAGCAGGGCCGUGAGCUCAAGGCCACCGGCAAGGUCUCUGCUUAA